CCGAAGACUGAAGCUAUUCUCUCGCCGGAGUCGGAUUUCGGUAACUUGAAUCAGAAACGCCUCCGUCCGUUUGUGUCCGAGGCUCGAAUUGGUUUCGCUUCGUCGAUCGCAGCUCUGUCCUUCAUCUUUGCACCACGUUGUUGUUUGCCGCCAGAAUUUGAGUUCCGAAAUUGGCUCGAUCCUUCUCGCGUUAGGGUCGUGUGUUGACAGAUGACAGCCCGAGCAGAGCGGUCGAUGUUGCUGCGAUGCGUGUCGAUUGCGGUUCAGUGAAAUCAUCGGUGGCAGCUACCCACCGGCCGAGACAGAGAGAGCGGGCUGCUCUCGCCGCAUCCCAACAGUCGAUUUCAGUUCCGGGCUCGUUUCAGAGCCUACCGUGGGCUUCAGUGUUCCUGAGAGUCUAGCGAAAGGGGUAUUCAUAUCUGAAGGUGCAGAAUUAUAUUUCUCAGGAGACUGCAUUUUUGCUGAACUGCGUGCAGUGAGGAAUUCCUCACCUUUUUCUGGCGAGCGGAAGGUGGACACGACGGAUUAAGAUGGAGACCGGAGGGAGGUCUCACCGUUCACACCACUGAGCCCCUGAUCAGCGAUAGGGGCUUGCAGCUGCAGAGAAGAGGGCUUCUGUGUCUCGAAAUACUUCCGGUUCCAUCUCGGUCUCCUUGAUUGAUUGAAAAGAGGGUGAGUCGUAUAGCUUUGGUUAUCUUUGGUUGGUGACCAACCCGAGGUAAUGGACAAUCCAAGUGAGAAGCUUUUGGAGGAGUCAGUGAAGAGAAUAUUAGAGCAUGCUGAUAUGAAUCUCCUGACUGAAAGUAAGGUCAGAAAACUGGCCGGGGAGGAUACUGGACUAGAUUUGAAUAUACCUGCGAAUAGGAAAGUAGUGAAGCGAGUUAUUGAAGACUUUUUUAGACAAAACGCAGAAGAAGAAUCUGAGGGUACUUCCGGGAGCUAUAGGGAUGGAAAGGAGAUCGAGGAGGCUAAAGGAAAACGUAUCCAACAUGUAGUUAAGGAGAAAAGGAAAGCUAUUAUUGAGGAAGAUUCUGACUAUUCCGAGGAUAAGUGCUCGAACAAGAAGCAAAUUGUGGCAAUGCAAGUAGAGAGUGACGAUGGAGACGAUGAUGCUAGCUCCCAGGAGGAAGUUCCCACCAGAAAACAGGGAAAGAGUAACUUCAGGAAGAAUGAUGAUGGUGACGUAGUUGUAUGUCAGCUCGGUCCAAAGCGGAAUUUGACAGUUCAAGAGUUCAAGGGAAAUCUGCUAGUGUCGAUAAGGGAGUACUACGAGAAAGAUGGAAAGCAGUUGCCAAGUGCUAAAGGGGUGAGUCUCAGUAUUGAACAGUGGAACGCUCUAAAAGAAGGAAUCCCCGAUAUCCAAGCAGCGAUUAAACGUAUACAACGAAGUUGUUAAGAGAUGGGUGUUCUCCCAUCCUCGGGAUAGGUGAAGGGUCUUAGAUUGCCAUGAGUAGAAUUUCCAUAUCUUUACAAUCCCUUCCUAGACUUUAGGCAUCUCAAAGCUCUAGAAAUUGGAGCUUUUUUUUCCACUUCACGCAUUUUUUGUACAAAAAGGCAAUCGGGCAAAAUGAACAGUCUUGCUUUUACAGUGAGGUUAGUUAUUCCAACAUGUUGGAUCAAGAAGGGCACAGGAAGUCCCAUCGUAUUUCCCAGUAGAGGGUUUGCACGUCAGCUUGUAACUACCGCAGACUGCCCCUCGUAUUUUCUUUUAAAUCUCAGGAGUUGAUGAAAUAGGCCUUUUUUCUGGCUCGAAGUUUAGUUUAAUGGAGGAGUAGUAUCAUUGCCGACAUGUCGAGGCAGCUAUUAGAAUAUGAGUAUUUCAAUGCUCUAGGUGACAUGACCGUGGCACCUGUUCAUCAUUGUCCUCAAAUUGCCUUGACAUUUUGUGUUCCAACUUCAAAACCUUCGUUUGAGCCUGCUGAUAUCUUGCAAGUAUCUGAAUCGUGUACUGAACUUGCUGUACUUUGAAGUACAAGUUUUUUUUUCCUGAAUGUGGUCUCAUCACUCAGUGUAGACCAUUUUUUGUCCAAGGGCACGCAGUUUUUUUUUGUUUAGAUACAGUACAGAUAAUGAAUAUAAGGUCUAAAAGA